AUGUAUGGAUUCGUUCUCCUCAUACUGGUCCUCACUGCAGUACAAGCUGCUCGCCUCGACAAUCGCCAGGCUGGGCCUUCAGUGACUAUCAGCAAUGAUACCAUAGUCGGCUCUUCAUCUCUGGGCAUCGACAGCUUCAAGGGCAUUUCAUUUGCGCAACCACCCGUGGGCAACUUGCGUCUACGACCGCCUCAGCCUAUUGUUCAAAAUUUUGGAACCAUCCAAGCAACGGGGUCACCAAAAGCAUGUCCGCAGUUCUUCACGCAAGCCAAUACUGGCCUGCUCCCACAAGACGUUCUUAGUACCGUCCUCUACUCGCCGUUGGUACAAGAGAUCACAAAUGCCGGGGAAGACUGUUUGACACUAAAUGUACAACGACCUUCAAAUACGAACCCUUCUUCCAAACUGCCCGUGCUGUUCUGGAUCUUCGGCGGUGGUUUUGAGGUUGGCUCAACUUCGACAUACGACGGCGGAAGCAUUAUCAGAAAGUCGCUCAGUGUGGACGAACCCGUCAUUUAUGUCAGCACCAACUACCGUGUAGGAGGCUUUGGCUUCCUAGCGGGCAACGAGCUGGCCGAAGAGCACUCUACCAAUCUAGGGCUACGAGACCAGCGCCUCGCCUUGCAGUGGGUAGCUGAGAACAUUGCGGCGUUUGGGGGUGAUCCAGAUAAGGUUACCAUCUUUGGCGAAAGUGCUGGAUCCAUCUCGGUCUUUGACCAUACGGUCAUCAAUGGCGGCGACAACACCUACAAGGGCAAACCGCUCUUCCGAGGGGCGAUCAUGAGCUCAGGCUGCCAACUUCCAGCUUUGGACGUACGCACCCCAAGAGCACAAGAAGUCUUCGACACCGUCGUCAAGGAAGCCGGCUGCAGCACCACAUCCGACAAACUCAGCUGCCUCCGCAGCGUCGAUUACAUCACGUUCCUCAACGCCGCCAACUCCGUCCCAGGCCUCUUCUCCUACCAAUCCUUCGUCCUCUCCUACUUCCCCCGCCCCGACGCCGGCGACGCCUUCUACAGCGAAUCCCCCGACAUCUCCAUCGCCUCCGGCCGCUUCACCAAAGUCCCCGUCAUAAUCGGCGACCAAGAAGACGAAGGCACGCUCUUCGCUCUCUUCUCGCCCAACCUCACCACCAACAACGACCUCGCCUCCUACCUCGUCUACUACUUCCCGGAGAACCCCAACGCCGAACAAAACGUCCGCGCCCUCCUCGCCACAUACCCCGACGCACCCCUCCUAGGCCAACCCGCCGGCUCGCCCUUCCGCACAGGAGUCCUCAACAACCUGUACCCGCAAUUCAAACGCCUCGCCGCCGUCCGCGGCGACUUCACCUUCAACCUCCUCGCGCGCAGAGCUUACCUCCACGCCGUCUCCCCCUCCAUCAAAGCCUGGUCCUAUAUCUCCUCGUACCUCUACGGAACACCCGUAGCGGGGACAUUCCAUGGCAGUGACCUCAUCUUCACGUUCGGACUCCUUGGGGAUGCGGAUGUGAAUCCUAUCACGGAUGCGAUUCAGACGUAUCUGGUCAGUUUUGUCAAUCACUUGGAUCCGAAUGUGGUUGGGGCGAAGACGAAGUGGCCGCUGUGGAGGGAGAAUGGGAGUGUGCCGCUGUUGAUGGAUUUUUUGGUGGCGGGGAAGAGUCAGUUGAUUCCUGAUGAUUUUCGACAGGAUUCUUAUGAGUAUCUUCUGGGUCAUCAGGCCGAGUUCAGGGUUUGA